AAAUAUGUCAAAACUUGUUCCAUUUUGAGAACAGGUAUAAACACAAAUCACAACAAUGUUCUAGGGUUCGCACAGUUGAAGGCGAUUCGGCUCCAGUGCACAACGUCGGGCUUCAAAUCGAUGAAAACCAAACUGGGAUUGAAAUCGACGAAGCUUUCCUACACAGUCGUCUUCUUGUCACUACUGUGGGCUUGAAAUCGACCACACUGAAAUAGAUCUGAAGCUUUCCUUGAGAGUCAUUUUUUUCUCACUGAUCGGACUUCAAAUUGACCACUGUGUAUGAAGAUCUGAAGAGAAACUCCCUCUGUCUCACCUCUACAUUUUCCGGUGAACCCAAGCUUCGCCGCUACCUUCUGUCACUCCGAUCUGUGUGAUAGGGCACAGUUGAAGCGGGUAGUGACACAAAUACCAUACUAGGGUUAAAAAUUGAAGUGACGAAGAAGCCUUGUUUUUGAUUCGGAACUUCACUCUUCUUCAGCAACUCCAGACAAAUUUUCUUUGAACCAGAUGGAUAUCAAUGGUGACAAUGUGGUGGGAGAAGAAAUAGAGGACCUUACGGACAAUAUCGAUGAUGCAAAACUAGUAUGGAUGAUUCUCAGCUCGAAGCUUUCAUCAUCUGUAUAGAGAAAGAAGUGAGGGUUGGUAAUCGGACUACCAGAACUUUUAGCACAAUUGGUUGGAAGAAUAUAGUAGAAGGCAUGAGCGUCCGUACAGGGAAGAAGUAUGCACCGAAACAACUUAGGAGCAAAUUCAACCACAUAAGGGUAAAGUACAAAGCCUUUGUGAGUUUGUUAGCAGAAACAGGCGUGGGAUAUAAUGCUGAGACGGGCAUGGUUAUAGUUGAAAAUGAAAGAUGGCCUAGAUUGAUGAAGGUGAAUAACCAUUAUGGUGAGUUUCGAAAGAAGGGAUGCAAGCAUUUUGACAAGUUAACCACCAUAUUUAGAGGCAUACAUCCUACAGGUGCACAUGUCCAUACUUCGACUAAUCCACCCAUUAUCAACCAAGCCCCCUCACACCAUGCAACCAUACAUAGCUCAUUUGAAAUUGAUGAUUUAGCUGAGUUAGACGGUCAUGAGAUCAGUCCCUCUCCUGAACCUUAUGGUAAGAAACCAAAGAAAGAGAGUUUUGACUCCACAAUGAGCGAUGUCAUGGUGCAAAUGAAAGACAAAGCUAACAUGAAAUGUGAUCGAAUUGAAAAGGCCAUAAAAGAAGCUUUAUCAUCUAAUAUGAAAACAGUCCAUGAAAAAUGUCAGGUUGAAGUAAAUUCUCCGGACAAGACAAAAGGUGAUUUUAAGUUAUGUUGAUAUGAAACAAUAUGCUAAGGUCAUCUAAAUGUUACGUAAUGAUGAAGUUUGGAGGGAUUUCUUUCUAAAUGACCUUCCUGAUAAUAAGAGGGUUGGUUGGAUCAUAAAUCUUUGAUUUUGUGUGUUGUUUUUAUUAUGACUUUGAAUAACUGUACUAUUAAGUAUAUUUUAUUUGGUAUGUUGCUUUUAUUUCUUAUUUGGUUUUGUUACGACUUUGGAUGAUUGUAAUAUUAAGUACACUAGUAUUUGGCUUGGAAUGAUUGUAAUGACAAUAUCAGUAUUUGGCUUGGGAUGAUUUUAUUUGUUGUCUUGCUUUUAUUACUUAUUUAGUAUUUGGCUUGGGAUGAUUGUAAUUUAUGUCAUUUCUUAUAUUUUAUAUUAUACAGAUGGAUAUUAGGACAAUCAUUGAGUUGCAUGAUGAUGAUGAUGACGAGAAUGAAUGUGUCAUCAUAACGGCAUGUUUGUUGGAUUACUAUAUAAAACAUUACCAUAAACAACCUUGUAGGGAUUCAAUUUUAAGAGGGGAAACAUAUAUAUUGGAGAUCUUGAACGGGUAUGGAAAUAGAUACAUUUAGGAUGUCCAUUCCUAUUUUUUUGAAGUUGUGUGGGGAGCUUAGGUCAUUAGGGUUGAAAGACUCUAAAGGUGUAAAUGUUUAUGAACAAGUUGACAUAUUCUUGCUUACUUUAGUUCACAAUGAAAGGAAUCGUGUGUUAGCAGAAAGAUUUUAACACUAUACUUAUACAAUUUCAAAACAUUUCCAUUCGAUUUUACAAAAAGUGUGUGAUUUAGGGAAAAAGAUUAUUGUCCCCUAGAUUUAACCCAAGUUUCUAACCAUAUAAAGAAGUCAAAAAAAGUACAACCCUUUUUUUAGGAAUUGCACAGGGGAAAUUGAUGGAACUCAUAUCCUUACGAACGUGCCUAUGGACCAGCAAAUACCAUUUCGUGGUAGGAAGGAGGAUACUAUACAAAAUGUAAUGGUUGUUUGUGAUUUUCAUAUGAUGUUCAUAUACGUUGUAGCAAGAUGAGAUAGGUCUGCUAAUGAUUCUAAGAUAUUGAAUGAGACCAUUAAUAAUGAGGAUAUGCAUUUCCCACAGCCUCCGGACGGUAAAUGUCAUACUUCCUACAAUUUUGCAAUAGUUAUUUUAAAUAUAAUGGUACAAUUGUAAAAUGGCAAAAAAAUAUUAUUUAGUGAACUCCGGGUAUGCCAAUCAACCGGGUUUCUUGGCUCCCUAUAGGGGUCAACGGUACCACUUCUAAGAGUACCAUAGAGCUUUUCGGGCAACAUCGAGGUAGAAAGGAAACAUACAAUCACAGGCACUUGUCUUUGCGAAAUAUCAUUGAGCGUUGUUUUGGGAUGCUUAAGAUGAGAUUCCCCAUCUUGAAGCAAAUGCCCCCAUAUAAGUUUGAAGCUCAGGUUGCUAUUGUUUUAGCCUGCUGCACACUUCACAACUUUAUAAGAAAUGAGGUGCAAGUAGAUGCAAUAUUUGAUGAUGCAACUGUGGAGGCGCUAAUAGAUGAAAUAUUUGAAGAUGAUAAUGAUGAUGUUCAGGUUAAUGUGCCGCAGUUUCGCUCGUGACUAAUCGAUAUUUUACGUGAUCAUUGUAAUACCCCGAUAAUUUUAAAAGAUUUAUUAAUUAGGAUUAAUUAUUUUAUUUUAUUUUUCAAUGAUUUAUUUUAUUUUAUUGAGUGCUAGAUUAAUUAUCUUAUUUUAAUUAAGUUAUAUUUCGUGAUUAUGUAUGAUGAUUGAUUGUUUGUGUGGUUGAUUAUUGAUUGAAUUAUUGGUGUGUUGAUUUUAUUGGUAUUAUAUGACUUAGUUGUAAAUUCUUGUUUGUUUAUGUGCUUCAUGUAAUUAGUUAUUUUAAUUUCUGUAUUUAAUUAAUUAUCUUAUUUAUUUAAAUUAAUUGGAUUGGGCUUAAGGAAAGUUAGACCAAAAGAUGUGGUCUUGGGCUUGUAUGAAACCUUAUUGGGUUAAUUAAUG